AUGACUGUCCAUUCUCGACCGACCCGAACCUCAAAGUCGAUGGUCUGGGGUGGAGUUCGAGCGGAGAACAUCCAGACCAAAACCGUCUUUCGGUGGACCGCUGAACACAAUGCGCAGUUCGAGUCAUUUCUCAAGAAGCAUGGGAAAAACGCGAGAACCACUGCAGACAUUGAUGAACUGUUGAUAAAGCUCAAUCUGGAUGGGUACUAUGGUGUCAAGAACAAGUCAGGCGAAGAUCUUGAGAAGAUCAUUCUCGACAAAGUGAAGAGAAAGCUCUACAAUGUUUCCAGGCAGUUGCCGAUGAAAGACAGGUCAUUCGAAGCUGGUCACAAGGACACUGCAAUGCCCGAAGACGGUGCAACCUUUAACAGCAGCCGCGAUGCAGCAUCGCCGCCACCUCCUGCGUAUGGUAAUACUGGGGGGAUUCCGGUAGCCCACGUUAAGAUCCCGCAAUUUGAACUCACAGGCAGAGGUUCUGCAGCAUUCAAGACGCCUUCACGGGAACGAAGAGAGGAGCGUCUGUCUCAAACGGGUCAAGAGGUCGUUCAUUACGUAGAUUCUCCUGCCGCCGAAUCAACCAUCCAGAGAAAACACAGGCCAAUGUCGGCCCAGGGCUCAGUCUCUCUAUCUGCCGAGAUCGGCGCCGCCGCAUCUUUGCAGUCGAGCCGACGAAGCAAGGCUCAACGUGUAUCGGAAGCUUGGAAUAAGUUCCACCAGAUCUUAUUGGACGUCGACCAGCAGCCGGACGAGGAGGAAGAUGAGACGUUGUACGGGCUGACGACCUCGAUGGUGCGUGCGAGCGACAGUAUUCUUGGCAAGAGGGUCGCCUCAUUGAACAGGUUGGCAGGGAGCCCGUAG